GUCGGCGUAAGAGAUUAAAAUUUUAUAGGUUAUGUCGAGUUAAUUCACAAUUUAAAUUGAUUUUGCUAGUUAAAACAAUUAAAUUAAAAUGUUAAUAUUUGAGUUUUUACUAUUUUUGUGGUCUAUUUCGUGGACGAAUUUUGUUGCUGCACAAUGGAAUACAAAUGAUUACAUGAAAAGAGAACAUUCUUUAGUGAAACCAUAUCAAUCAUCUGGUAUGGCGAUACCAUAUUGGGAAUUUAUGGGCAGCACAAUGGUUACCACAAAUUAUGUUAGAAUAACGCCCGAUCAGCAAUCAAAAACCGGAGCAAUAUGGAAUUCUGUUCCAUGCCAAACUCGUAACUGGGAAUUACAAAUACAAUUUCACGUUCAUGGGAAAGGCAAAGAUCUAUUUGGAGAUGGAAUGGCAAUAUGGUACGCAGAGCAAAAAAUGAUUCCGGGACCAGUUUUUGGAAACAUGGAUUUCUUUAGGGGUUUAGCUGUUAUAUUGGAUACUUAUAGCAAUCACAAUGGAGCACAUAAUCAUCAACAUCCUUACAUAUCUGCGAUGGUAAAUAAUGGUACAUUACAUUAUGAUCAUGAUAGAGACGGAACGCAUACGCAACUUGCAGGCUGUGAAGCUAGAUUUAGAAAUUCAAAUCAUGAUUCGUACAUACGUAUUCGUUAUGAAAAUGAUGUUCUUGGUGUGGCAACUGAUAUGGAGGGCAAAAACGCGUGGAAAGACUGUUUUUCAGUAGAAGGUGUAAAGUUGCCAACUGGCUAUCAUUUUGGAGUAUCUGCGACCACGGGAGAUCUUUCUGAUAACCAUGAUGUACUUUCCUUCAAACUUUACGAAUUGGAUCCACCUGACGUAUAUCAAGAAGACAGGUCAAAAAUAAUGCCAUCUGCUUUACUUUUUGAACCACCUCGUGAUCAUACAGAAGAUCCAAAACCAUCAAGUUUAUCAGGACUUAAAAUAUUUUUGUUGAUGCUCGUUGGAGCUAUAGCUUUAAUAGUGUGUGUGGUUCUUGGAAUAAUGUUUUACCAAAAACAUAAAGAAAACAGCAGGAAAAGGUUUUAUUAAAUAGAAAAUAAAUAUUUUCUGUAUAUCAUGUGUAUUAUAAUGUAUAAAUAUUUCGAUGUAUUUUUUUUAAAGAGAGCUAUUAGUUUUAAUGAAUUUUAAUAGCAUAUGCUGAGCGUUGAGAAAUAACACUUAAAUGUAAGAUUUUUAA